AUGGAGAGGCAGAGGGAGAGAGAGAUGAGAGAUGUGAUAGAAGGCCUACCUGCAAUAAAAAUUUCAGAAAAUCUUCUUAAUGAAAUUGCCGUGUGUUCGAUUUAUUUAUCCGAUUUUGAAGUGGCAGAAGAGGCAUGCCAUUUGCGUUGCCAUGAAAACCACACAUUUCACAGGGAAUGUAUUGAAGAAUGGCUCAAGGGACAAAAUCAGUGUCCGAGUUGCAGGCGGCCAGCAUACAGGUGGACAUAUUGUAGGGAAGCGGUUGGAGAUGGAGAGAUGGGCAGAAGUGCGAACUGGAGGAACAAGCUCUGCAUGAACGGCAAAAAUGAUUUAAUCUCUCUGCUCUGCGUGAAGGGCGAAAACCUGGCGUGA